UCGGUAGGGUGUACUUGCCAGUUGCUUGUGUUAUACUGGGUGAAAUGUUUGGUAUAAAAUGUGAUCAGCUCGGAUAGAUCAGCAUCUUCCAGACAGUGUUUCCUAAGUUUUUGACCAAAGUAAUGUUGCUUAAACCUACGACUGAGAUCGUCUGAAGAACUGCGUCGAUAAAGAGAGGUGCAAAUGUAUGACAGUUGCCUGAACAUGGUCAGUUAUCAGAUCAUCGUUGCCGUUGCUGUUCUGGGCAGUGUCUUGGCCGUGCCUCCACUUCCACCGCACUGGCCACCAAAACCUGCCCCUUCAGUGUACCGAUACCGGUGGUCCGUGAACGGGCCGCGAGACGCAUACUUCGUUCUCACAGAGGCUCAAAAAGACGAAAUCUGUAAGGAGUGCAAGCCCCUUGGAAGUGGUCUUGGAGGCUUCUUUGCUAUUGAGGAUGAUCCAAUCCACUACAUUCGCUGUGUUCCUCUGGGUGACACUUGGCAGGUGCUCGUAUUACACUGCUGUAAUAACGCUCAUCUUGGCGGUGGCAGCACGGAGUGGUAUCAAGAAGAUUUGACUUGUGUUCAUAGUACACACCCGAAUCCCUACCCCUGCGAGGACUUUGACGACUCUUCGUGGGGCUCUCACACUUUUCCUCCGCUAGUGAAUAACCCAUUUUGGCCUCUGGUGUGGACCCCUCAUUUGCCCUCCCUGGUUGAGGACAGAGACUAUCCCUCUCCAGUCGCCCGCGUUUACACGGGGGUGUACACCUUCGCAGGUGGUCACGUGCAGAGGGGCUUCCGAACGAACGCUAUAGGGAACACGGUACCGGCCAUUGAAUUCGACGGACAACAAGUCCCUUACCACGACACCGCGGAGGACUCUUACUCCCACAUCGAGAUCCCUUUCUUCCAGAACGCUGACUGGAGCCAGUACUUACCCGGGUUCACGAUCACCCUUGGGUUCUGCGUGGACCCAGGUUCUCCACCAGACGCUGCCCUCAUCACUAAUGCUGACUGUAAUUUCACCGCCUCCGUGGAGCUCACGCUUAGAGGUGGUAACACACUUGAAGCCAUGAUCCGUACACAAUAUCUCCCAGAGAAUACUGUUGAUCUGCCUUUGCCAGCACGGCCAAGUGGUUGUUACUUCGCUGGAUUUUCCUACACACGUGCUACCAACCAGAUGCUUUUGUGGUUGGAUGAUAAUACUUCAGACAUAGAAACAGCCUCUGGACCACCAAGGAAAAUCAACCAAAAUCCGCUAUUCUUCGGAUACAGUUGCUAUGGUUACCCUGAUACAGCGCCACCACGUGCUCUGGAUGGAGCCCUGGCUGCAAUUCAUAUCUGGGGUGACCGGGCAAUGACCACAGCCGGAAUGUACUUUGAAUGUGUAUUGGCUGGCUUCUGUGUAUAGAUGCACCGUGGCAAGACGGCGGCCAGAUGAAGCCUCCUCGUUAGUUUAACAGUAGUUGUAGCUACGUUAUUGUUUCAAAUUUGAUCCAAGACAAAUUUGCUGUAAGAUGAUUCAAUUUUGAAUGUUGCAAUAAAUCCAAAAAUUCAACUCA